AUGGCCAUGAUGACAUUGAAGAGAAGAAGAGUAGAAGAAGAAUCAGUAGAGAAAUUCGCAAUGGCAAAUUGUGUGGAUAUCAUGAAGAGGAACGAGUUGUUAGGAAGACCUAAACCCUUCGAGUGCAAGACAUGCAAGAAAAAAUUUGAUUCAUUUCAAGCACUUGGUGGGCAUAGAACGAGCCACAAGAAUACGAUGAAUAAGCUCAUCACGAAGAAUACUACUAACGACUUAUUACCCGUUAAGCCCAAAAUACACAAAUGCUCCCUUUGUGGCGAAGAGUUCGCUCUAGGCCAAGCACUUGGUGGACACAUGAGAAAACAUCGCGAUGAAUUGAAUCAACUCGAGCCAAAAACGAAGAAAUUGAAGGAGAACUCGAAGAAUGGUGAAUUUGCUGAAGUUGUUCACAAGAAGCAAGAUAAUGAUACUACUGAAAGAAUUUUGUACAUGGAUUUAAAUUUGACGCCGUAUGAGAAUGAAUUGAUGAUGGGUAUAAUUCAUGUUUAG